UCAUGUACAUAUAUAACUGAAAUAUCUAUAUGGAAGAGAUUGCGGAAGCAGCGCGGAAAAGUAUUGUAUCGUGGAUGGGUAUAGCGUCGUGCUUGACAGAUCCUCGCCAGAUGUCACUAAUAACCGGCCGCUAUAUUGAUCAAGGUAGAUUUUCUAAGGACGCACGUUGAUAAGAUCUCGUAUUUGUCGAUUUCACGAGAAAUUCGUCGCGAAACGUCAAAACACAUGUCGCCGCGAGUUCUCGGGAGGGUUUCACGCACGCCGUCCUAGCCUCGUCAUUUUUGCCUAUGACGUCAUUUCUGAAUUACACAAGCGUCACUAGUGAGUCUGUUGUGGAAAAUUUCGUCGGAUCCAUGGUAGCGACGAGCGAACUCUGUUUUUCCUAAUUAAAAACAGACUGGAUUUUACGACGAACCUCGGAACAGUCUGGUGACAACUUGAUCGAAGUUACCUGACAGUGUUUUCAACCGUCGACGGGGACCUUGUUUGGACGAAGUAUAGAAUUGCAAGUAUAUCAAAAUGUCGAUGCAACAGUUCUGUUUGCGGUGGAACAAUCAUCAACCGAAUUUCAUUUCGGUGUUCUCAAAUUUGUUGAACAACGAGACCCUGGUGGAUGUGACACUGGCUGCAGAAGGUAGACAGCUUCAGGCACACAAAGUUGUUUUGUCGGCAUGCAGUACAUAUUUUCAGUCAUUGUUCACCGUUAAUCCCUGUCAACAUCCAAUUGUGAUAUUGAAGGAUGUAAAGUUUUCGGAUUUAAAGAUUAUGGUUGACUUUAUGUAUUACGGUGAAGUAAACAUAUCACAGGAUCAAUUACCAUCGAUCAUAAAGACUGCAGAGAGUUUAAAGAUAAAAGGUUUAGCAGAAAUGCACACACCGUCCUUAACAAAGUGGCCAAGCGCUGGUAGCGAAACUGGUGGAGGGGAUCGUGGUGAAUCUUGUUCCCCCAGUCCAUCGCCAUUAUCACCAUCAUUUCGUAGGAAGAGAUUAAGAAAAUCAUCUACAUGUUCUACAUCUGGAUCUGGUGAUAAACCAGAAGAGAUAAAUGAAAUUACUUUAGUUGCUACCAAUAUUGUAAAACCAGAACCUUUGAUUGUCACACAAGAAACUGGUGAAAAUCUUAGGAGACCCGUGAAUACUAACACAGAAUCUCAAGGCAGCAUCGAUGAGGAUCAAAUAUCAAUUAUGAGCAAUAUGGAGAACAGUUCUGCUGCAACACCAGCACAAAGUGAUGGUUCAAUACAGGAUGUAAGCCAACAAUCUGGGGGGAAUGUUGCACAGAGUUCAGUUUCUUCACAACCACCCGCACAUCAAGGAUUGCAAUGGACUAUAAUGGAGCACACAUAUCCACGUUUCGCUCUGUCCUCGUGUCAAACGAAUCUGUCGAUCCAAGCAUCAUCAGCUUUUACCACGCCCGAAAUAACAGCUUCCUCGACCAUCAGCGAUCAGUACUCUGGUACCAGCACGACUGGUUCCAGUUGCGCCCUGACGAAUUAUCCGAACCCGUCGCACGGGACGUUGCAGCACGCGACGUCGAGCGGCCCGUCGCCGUCCGUUCAGUGCCCAAGUAACUGCCAGAGCCCGUGUGCCAGUCCGCAGACCGCAAUUAAAAGGAAACGAUCGACGAAUCCGCAGGCGGACGAGAACUUUAUCAGAGCGUUAGACGCAGUCCGUUACGGCGGCAUAGGAUUCUGUAAGGCAGCUAGGAUGUUCGGUGUCAACAACCGGACGCUCUGGCUAGAGUACAAGAAGCGCGGUUAUCCGAACAAUCGGCCCAGUUUGAAGUCCCGGGUCAAACAGGAAGUGAACUCCUCACCGCCGCCAGCCCAGUCCGCGCAACCUGUUAACUCGCAGAGCCCUACGCCAAUGGGCCCACCCACUACUCCGCACAGCACACACAACACCCACAGCACGCACACUAUGCUGACCACCCACAGUCCACACACGAUGCUGAGUGGUUACAUCGACAGCAGGCACACGGACUACGCGUUGCCCAUAGUGUGCAAAGCAGCGGGCCCCAAAAGAUGCCGGCUACUAAUGCGUCAGCCCCGCGUGAAGAAGGAGCCGAAUCACUUAUCCCCGGACAGUGAGGGCUGCUCGCCGCACAUCGUCUCCUUGUCGAUGAGCACGCCAACCUUGAAUCUACUCCAGACAUCAAGAUCCUGGGAGGAGUCCCGGAUCUCUUCGCCUCCACCAUCGAUCGUUGUGAACCAGUCGAACCUGUUAGCGGUGACCACCUCGGCGAAUCUGUUGACAGUGCCGCAGCCGUCCUAUCUGACGAAGCAACACUCUCACCCGCUUCUGUCCAAUCAGCAACAAUCCACAAGCGGCAACGUGUGGAUCCAUAGGCAGCACUCGAACCCUGAGUUCCCCAGGAGGACGACCAGUCCCUCGAUAGUCGUCGAGCCGGCACCCGUCGUUAAAACGGAACAGGAAAUAUCGGAAGAACCGUCGACAGCCUCACCCGAGGCUGCCGGGUCCACGUCUGGGCUCAGAGCAGUGAAGACCAGUGAGCUCAUACGAAGCUCAUCUUCCCCUCAGACCACAAGCAGGGACAUCAGAGAGACUCUGAGCGAUCAGCGGCUAGGUCACUGUCCAGUUUUGCGUCCUGGUCCAGCGUUGGGCUGCAACCAUUGCUGGAACACGAUCGACGCUCACGGAAGAAUACUCCGUCGAAAGACGAAGUACCAUUGUCCAGAGUGCCAGGCGAACCUCUGUAUCGUGCCCUGCUUCCAGGAGUACCAUGAACAGCGUCGGGAGGUGAAGCUGAAGCCCUUACCGAAAACCAGUUCCGUCUAAAGUGCUUCGAAGCACACGCUUUCAUUGCGAACCCUUGGAUAACGCUGGCUUCUUUUCGUCCUCAUCGAACCGACCAGAGCGAAUGAAAUUUUUGACAACGUUUGACGACGAUUUUUUUGUAACUCGACGGUUCUGGCAAUCGUUGAGAUUGGAUAACUUUUUUGGGAGUUUGGUUUCUCGAUAGAGAAUUUGUUUCUGUACCGGAAGAUGGUCGAAGACGAAGGCGGUCGUUUGCCUUAUCAAAUGAUAUAUUAAUGAAGUGACUCGAUAACGAAAGUUCCUGAAGAUAUUAAUAGACAGUUAGGGUAUACGUGGCCGUAACCCGUUGCAGAGUACCCGUGUCUUGGAGUAUUUAAAACUGUCUGUGUUACCACUCAAGUACUGUUUUCUUGUUACUUCAUAUUGUCUCCUCCCCUUGUGGUUUCUCCACGUUUUGUGAAUUGAAACGAUUGUCAAGCUUUCGAUCUUGGCGAGCCAAGAUGAAGAGUUGUGAAUUCUAUGAUUACGAAGUAGUCGAUUACAGACUGUAUUCCAGAUUGAGAUUACUUUCGCACUGCCUCAUACCUCAAAAGAUCAGCUCGUAUUGUUUAUUAUCUUUGGAACUGAGAACAGCGCGUUUCAGGAGUCGCCCCGUUUUUGUGCUUUUCGUUACGGCCACGGCUAGGGAUUUUCCAAGGAGUAAAUAUAGCGUGUUUGGAGAGAGUGUCUUUGAUGUAACAGAGAAAAGGACGAGCAGAUAUUAACGCGAAGCGACGAAUUCGCCGGCGUUUCGCGCGCCGUAUAAUUGAAACGAGGCCGUUGUAGAAUCUCGUUAGAGAAGUAUCCUGCUUUCACAGAGUCCACGUGUGCGCCUACAAUCACCUGGAAAAAAGAAAGCGACCCUCUUUCUCUUGUAUUUUUUUACUCCAACGGGUGAGCAUCCCAGGAAUUAUCAUACCUCCUCUAACCAGAAAUGGGCAAAACGUUACUCCGGAGGUAGAGAGAUCUGGCUUACUACAAUUUUUGUUUGAUCGAGUAUUAGAUUGAUAGGAAGUAAAUGGUUCGUGUCUGUAAAGAUGUGAUUCUCGAGAGACAUAAUUUAUAACGAUUUUGCAAAGUCUAAGCUCCGUUAGACUAUAAAAUCAAUGGGAAUAAUUCUACGUGUUUUACAGUGGCAAUAGAGGCUAUAGUUACCCCGAUAUAUCCCAAGCAGCCAUUUAUUUACUAUUGAUCGACGUUUAUGUGUGUUUAGACAGUCAGAAGUAGAACGACUGGAACUUACAAUUAGACAAUUUGUAUCGAAUUAACGCUAUACCUACCUAGUCUCACGUUUUCUGUUUCGCAAUUGUUCGAAUUCUAAGGAUGUUCGAUGAUUUCUUCGCGGAGCACACGUUGCGAUAAAAAUCGAUGAAAAUCCGAACCUUGUUAUUUUUAUAAAUAAUCGGAUAGAUUUCGUGCUCGGUAGGUGCAGUGUUAAUCAAUUUGCCCAUCUCUGUGCCCAAUCCCUACACAAGAAACGCGACCGCAAAUUCUCCUACUCGUUGCUGUGAGCACGACGAUUUCGCGGAUGAACGUAUUUCUAUAUGUAUUAACUGUGUACAGGUUAACGAUAGAUCGUCGACCCGCUCGACGGAACCAUGAAUUUACCCCCUAGAGAUAUAUUCUUGCAUAGACAUCGUUACUUAGUAAGUAUUUCUAUGACGUAACUUAUUUAUUUGUACGCGUGUAAAUAAACUCGACAGCUGUGUAUAUAUUUUUUACGGACAAGUGGCUGGGGACGAGACCUCGAAACAAUUUAUACAGGGUGCGAAGAGAAUCGACGCUGCAUUAAGAACGUUCGAUUAUUAUAUAUUUUACCCGUUACCCACACGUUGUACGGCGAACCUUGAACGAGACAAUUGGGACCCUUCGGGAUCGAUCGUCAUUCGUUUCCGGAAGAACUUGCGUCUCAUGCAUUUAUCUAAGUGUCCUGAAGGGUGGCUUUCUGUUCUUCAAGGAAACGAACGCGUAGUUCAACUUUCCGAGAGUAAUUUUUCAACAAUUUGAAAUUUUUCUUAAAUAAAUCUUUAUACGAGCUGUCCCUUCUUACACGAUCACUUCGAACGUUCUAGGUUCUUCUUGAUUUCGUCGAGACUGUUGGUUCGUUGGAAUGGUUUAAGAAUAUAGAAAAGGUAGAGGAGAUUGAAUUGAUUGAGUUUUUAGUUUCAGUUUAGUUUUUAGUUUCUAGUUAUCAAAUUUUGUUACCUUCUUUGCCAAAUCAUAUAGUUAUCGUCUAUGAUAAAAAUAAAUGGGACAGCUUGUAUAAUUAUUGGCGGGUGCAAGGAGUAAUUUCAAGGAGCAAGUGACUUCGCGAUGAAAUCUCAAUUAAAGAGGAGUUCGUGAAGAUUUUGAAGAUUUUUGAGACCGACCGUUUGUGUCGUUCGCAAGAAAAAUUGUCUUUCGUUUCUCAAGAAUGAUCUCAACGAUAUAAUUCAUCGUUGAAGAAAGAGAGAGAGAGAGAGAGAGAGAGAGAGAGAGAGAGAGGGAGUGAGUGAGAGAGAGAAAGAGAGCUUAGCGCGCAGAAAUGCAUUUUUCCUCUCCCUCAGAUGUCCCGUAGGUUUCUGCAGUCACCGGGACGCGAAGUGUCACAGAUGUAGCAUACGUGCAAUAUAUUUUUCUUGGCGUUACGAGUAUACUAUGCGCAGUUGUAUUGAUUAAUUAUAUUUUAUGUAAAUCUAGCCGUAAGAUUCGUAAGUGAAAAAUAAAGAGAUUGUGAUCGGA